CGCCUCUUCCUCCGAGACCCCCUGGAUAUGAACCCUCGAGUACACAAUCUAGUCCGAGCCUGCACCCUCCUCCAAGCUUCACUAUCCCACCUCCACCUCCGGGCCGGCCUCCGGGAAUGGUCACACCGGGCUUACCUAACUCGCCGGUGUCUCCGUAUCCUCAGUUCAAUAUAUCCGGUCCGCCUUCGCCCUUAAACCCAGGUCCCCAGAGUCCUGAUGCUUUGGAAACAUUCCCUCCACCUCCACCAGGACCUCCUCCUCAGAAUGCCAGGUACUCGAACCCGCCUAUUCCACAGCGUCCGAUUAGCACUUAUACUUCAUAUACGCCAACUAAUUCAUCCACAACGCCAAAUCCUACCCAUCAGAUUUCCCCGGGAGGAACUCCCUAUUCUCCCCCUGUGUAUAUGCCCCCGAAAGAAACAUCCAAUAACCGACUCCCGGAAAAGUCACCGAAUUCUUCAGUUCCACUAUUGCAAUCUUACGUCCAGACAUCGAAUCCUCAGCCACCCAGUCAGCCAUCACCUUAUGCUCCUUAUGUCGUAUCUUCAUCCCCAUCACCAAACACAUCGCCGCAACCUAAUAAUAUAGAGACUCGAUUUCAGUCUCUAGCUAUAAAUAACCGGCCAACAACUAGCCCACAACCACCCGCUUCCCACCGUACCCCUCAAACUUUGCAGUCAGGUAGUCAAGCCAAUCUAUCAAAUGUUCCCGCAUCACUUUCUCUUGGUCCUCAGAUAUCCCUGCCGGGUCAGCAGAUCUACGAGUUACCCGCAGAAGAUAAAUCCAAAGACACGCAUGCCGAACCCGCAUUAUCUACGCCAUCAGCGGUCACAUCGUGCAUCGACAGCCCCCUUACCUUCACAACAGACUGGUACUGGCACCCCUCCGCGCCCGACUUUCUAAUCUGCUCAAGAUGUUACGUCGACCACAUACACAGAACCAAGUUCAGGGACUCCUUCCAAAGCAAGCGCUUUGACGACGGCAAGGCGCGAGUAUGUCGACUCAGCAAGUCUAGGAUGCGGGACAACCUCUUCAAGGACGCAAUCACGACGGGCUCCCUCGAAUCAGCACUGUCUUGGAUGCACACGCGGCCGCAGAUCCCAGAUUGCAAGGGCAUAGACGGCGUUAAGGGGACAGUCGGUAUCAAAUGGUACAAGCCAAAAUCAGGUGCCAUCCCAGGCUUCGUAGCGUGUCAGGCGUGCUACGAGGACUACAUCCUAACGAACCACUUCUCCGCCAACUUCGAGCCCGCGCCGCCGCAGCCAGAAGGCGAGACCUGGGCCUGCGACAUGGCCGUGCCCUUUAUCGAGAAGGAAUACGCGGCGCGGGGCAAAGCCUCCGAUUGGGCCGGCUUCGCGAACGAGACGAAAGCGCGGAUGUCCAUAAAAGCGUGUCCGGGGCGCGGCCGGGCUUCGACCUACGGCAAGAAGUGGUUCGUCCCCAAAGCCGGACCGGAGGGACUGGUGCUGUGCGCGGCAUGCUACUGCGACCAGGUGAUCCACACCGGCGAAGAAGCGAAGUGGGAGGUGGCGGAGAGCUACGAGAAGGCCACCAACAAGCACGUCCUAUGCGGGAUGGGCAUCUUCAGCAUCAGGAUCGCCAUGUCGCGCGCGCACGAGACGAAGGACUACGCGUUAUUCUGGACGGCGGUGCGCAAGAUCGCGAACGAGAAGUUCUGCGAGGACGACGGCAUCGAGGAGGGCAUCUGGCACUCGUUCCCGUCGGACCCGAGCAACUUCGGCGUCUGCGCGCGCUGCUACGUGGGCAUCGCGGAGCCGCUCGACGUGGCACGGUUCUUCGUGCGGAAGCGCGAAGCGCAGCCCUCCGGAACGAAAUGGCGGUGCUGCUUCAGCGUCGCGCACCCCCGUUUCAGACAGUUCAUGCAGCAGCUUCUGGAGAUGUAUUAUACGCUUAACCCGCGCUCCUUUGGUGAAUUUGCCGCUGUGUAUGCUUCCAUGCCGAUAUGUCCCCGCGACGAGGACGCGAAGGACAAGCGCUGGUACGGGUGGAUGGACUGCACGAUCUGUCCUGAGUGUUAUCAUGAGUUCGCUCGACAUACGCCGUUGGCAGCGAAGAUGCAUUUGAACAACACGCUGUUAGAGACAACCGCGAUGUGCGAGAUGUACAGUCCGCGUAUGCGCAACCUGUACAAAGAGUGUAGCGACGCAUCGCCACCAGAUGCGGGACCGCUGCUCGCUUACUCGGCGCAGCGGCGGCUCGUGUGGGCGGAGACGGUGCCGCAGAUGCGAAUGAUGCUGUUCCGGGCGAAGAUGGCGUUGAAACAGCAAUCUUUCCUUAAUACGACAAGUACAUUCUACAAUUCGCUCGGCAUGCUCCAGCAGACCUCCAUGGGAUCGUCGCAUACGUACGGCGCAGCGGGGGUUGGGUAUGGCUACGCGAAUAUGAAUCUCUUGCAGGGAGCCAUGUACGGCCAACAAGCUAUGGCGGUGAGUUCUAGCGCGGUGAAUGGCGGUACGGUAAUGUUAGUUGGACAACUAGAGCAGCGAUGGAGAGCUGUUGAAUAGGUAUGGACCUAUAUAAGGGAUUUUGCUGUAGCAAUUUGUAAAUACCUAGAUCUCAUAUAGGUAGGUUAUAAUGUAAGACAGCAAAUACUCUGGAUACAUCGGCUGCGUUCUCGCUAAUCUAGUUCCCAAGAGUCUCAAAUUGUCUUGUGAACAGUAUUAUAUCAACGAGACCUUGGGUUAGUUGUUCAACUGUCUUACCGUCUUACCUUUCGGUUAUCAUUCCGAGCCAGAUCUUUAAAGUGUCAAGUGGAGAGUUAUCCAGCGGGACGGAAAGCUCGUUUUAGUUAGAUCUUGGCUGCCCUUAUGGCCAUAUUCUGGGGUUGAGCCGGAAUGUUCUCGUGAGCGGCGCUGGAAGCGGAAGAUGCAACAUAUAUCAUACGAAUUCACAAUUACGUAAAUGCCUACAUAACUUAUGUUUCGCAAUCUCACGAUAUUUACAUAAGG